GGCUCACUCAGAGUCUCCAGGGUCAGAAGGUAUUAUUUGUUGUGUUCUUGCUCAUCUACAUUAUGACAAUGGUGGGCAACCUCCUCAUUAUCAUGACUGUGGGGGUCAGCCCAACACUGGAUGCUCCUAUGUACUUCUUUCUUGGCUACUUAUCAUUUAUGGAUGCUGUUUAUUCUACUACAGUUACCCCAAAUAUGAUUAUAGACUUAAUCUAUGAGAAGAAAACCAUCUCUUUCCAAGAUUGCCUGACCCAGCUUUUUGCAGAACACUUAUUUGGUGGUUCUGAGAUUUUACUUCUGGUGGUCAUGGCCUAUGAUCACCACGUGACUAUCUGCAAACCCCUGCAUUAUAUGAUGAUCAUGAACCAAAGGGUGCGUGUUUUGCUGCUGCUGGUGACCUGGGUCGGAGGUUUUGUGCAUGGUAUAGCUCACCUUCUCUUUGUUUACAGUCUUCCCUUCUGUGGUCCCAAUGUUAUUGACCACUUUUGCUGUGACAUGUAUCCAUUAUUAAAGCUUGCCUGCACUGACGCCUAUGUCAUUGGUCUCACUGUGAUUGUCAAUGAUGGGGUAAUAUGUGUGGUCAUCUUUAUGCUGUUACUCAUCUCCUACGGAGUCAUUAUGCACUCCCUGAAGAAUCUUAGUCAGAAAGGGAGGCACAAAGCUUUACCCGCCUGUGGCUCCCACAUCACUGUGGUGGUCCUCUUCUUUGUCCCUGGUAUUUUUCUGUAUGUGAAACCUCCUUCCACCUUACCCAUUGAUAAAUUCUUGACGGUGUUUUGCACUGUUUUCACACCUAUGUUUAAUCCCUUAAUCUAUACUUUGAGAAAUUCAGAGAUGAAAAAUGCCGUGAAGAAGCUUUGGACAAGAAAAAGAAAAUGAGGCAAUAGGCAAAUGCAUCACCUACUUUGAAUAAAGGUUUUCCCUUCCAGGAAAACAAAAGAUAAAACUGAAAUCCACUGCCAUCCAGUCAAUUCCAGGGAAGCUGUGUGUAAUUAUUUAAUUGUAGUAAAUAUUUCCUCAAGUCAUCAUGAUUGUGCAUGAUGGAAAACACUUAUUAGGAUACCUCCAAUGAUUAAUUUUGUUGAAAAUAAAUUUUUGAGAUUUUUAUUUCCUGAGAAAAUAUACAUACUUUUUUUAGGUAGAAUAGUUCUGUUGAGUCUAUGGAUUUACAUUCUGUGUGAUGACUUAUGCUACAUCUAAUGCCAGAAAGCUAUUUUAGUUGAUGGAAGGUUCUCUCAUGUCUUUUAAAUAAGUCUAAUCCUUUUUUCACAAUUAGUAGUGCUCAUUGUCAAUUUCAGAAUAAUACAUUUUGAAAUAUAACAUAAAAAUUGUUCCUUCCAUCCCAGAGACAGAAUA